AUGAAUCCCAGCGUUGAGCGACAAUUGACUAUCCAGCAUAUCAAGUCUCUUCUCAUUCAAGAACGCUACUUCAGAGACACUGCCCAAUGGCAAAACUUGCGCAAUGCUUACCAUCCCGAUGCUUCUCAGACUUCCAUCAAUAUUACUUGGUUCGAGGGCGACAUCGACGGCUUUGUUUCCGGGUCCGAACAAAUGAUGAACGGCGGCACCAGGGCUACCCACAGUAUCUGCCCAGUUUCGGUUCAUGUAAAUGGCGAAAAAGCAGUAUCUGAAUCGACCGGAAGCAUCAAUAUUCGUUUCAUGGUUGGCGACUGCUCUUAUGAUUGCACUUCUUACACACGAUUUGUGUCUCGCCUACAGCGAGUUGACGGCAAAUGGAAAAUUCUGACGCUAGAAGCCAUCUAUGAGCGCGAUACCAUAAUACCGGUUUUUCCAACAUUGUCAAAUACCCCCUUCGUCCUCAAUUACCCGCGCAACAGUUACAAGUGUAUAGCUUGGAUUUUGGCUCGUAAAGGGUUUGAGAUCAACCGUAACUUGCCUGGAAUUGAUCUACCCUUAUCGGUAUCUAAGCUAAUGGAAAAUUCUUGGACAUGGCUUGGCAGGAGCGAGUCAAGUUACUCUGGCUGA